AACAAAUGGAAACACCACAAAAAAUCCAAUACAUUUCGAAAUUAUUCCAAAGCACUGCCGUUGAUAUUAAAGAUGAAUUGGAGGAGCGCUUCGAACGAGCCUACAUCAGCCUGCAGCAACAAAUCAAUGGCCUCAGCGAUAAGGAUAUGCAUGACAAGUUAUCCCAACUGGUGUGCAAAGAGAAACAACAUGAAGAGAUUUCCAUUGGCUUUUUGUAUAUAAUGCUCACGGAUCCUGUGUUGGCACCAAAAAGUUAUCGUGAUCUAACGUUGGUGGCCCGUGAUGGCAUGAAUAUGGUGGUUAGUAAUUUAACCAUGCUCGUGGCAGAGAAAUAUAAUAAACUAACCGAAAUUGCCCGGAGACAAUUGAUAUGGUUACUGCGUGAAUUGGUGAAGCAUAAGGUCCUCAAUGUGGAGAAUAUCCUGUGGAAUUGCUUACGGCAAGCCGGUGGCGGUGAUGUUACACCAAAAAAUCUCUUUCUGGUGGAAAGUUUAUUGGAUAUAUUCAUCGAGUAUCGGGCAUGGUUGGAGACCCUAUCAUUUCUCGUACAAGCUGUUGUCUAUAGUUAUGUGCGGCUGAUCGAAGAUCAUGCUAGUCCGGCACUGACACCAUUACGUCACAAGGAGGUAAAGUUUGUUAUAUCAUUGAUACGUGAUCGAUUUCAGGAUGUCAUACCAUUGGGCAGGGAUUUUGUGAGGUUACUGCAAAACGUUGCCCGCAUACCCGAAUUCGAACAGCUGUGGCGUGAUAUUUUACACAAUCCCAAAAGUCUCCAUCCCACAUUCAAUGGUAUUUGGCAGCUGCUGCAAAUACGAACCAGUCGCCGUUAUCUACAAUGCCGCCUAACACCCGAGGUGGAACGUAAACUCCACUUCCUAACAUCCUCGGUGAAAUUUGGUAAUCAAAAACGUUAUCAAGAUUGGUUUCAGGAUAAAUAUUUUGCCACACCCGAAUCACAUUCGCUGCGUUCCGAUCUAAUACGUUUCAUCAUAAAUGUCAUCCAUCCGUCAAAUGAUAUGUUAUGUUCGGAUAUUAUACCACGAUGGGCCAUUAUCGGUUGGCUAAUAUCCUCUUGUACAAAUACCAUAGCCUCGGCCAAUGCCAAGCUAUCUCUAUUCUAUGAUUGGUUAUUUUUCGAUCCGCAAAAGGAUAACAUCAUGAAUAUUGAACCGGGUAUUUUGGUAAUGUAUCAUUCGAUCCGCAACCAUCCAAGUGUGAGUAGUACUCUGUUGGAUUUCCUGUGUCGCAUUAUGAAGAAUUUCUGUUUGAAACAUGAGGAUAAAAUUCGCAUGGGUGUGUACAAUUCGCUGAAUAAAAUUCUAGAAAAACAGGUCAUUCCAAAUAUCCAACCUUUGUUUGAAUCCCCCAAAUUGGAUCGUGAGCUGCGUAUGCUGAUACGGGAGAAUUUCCGUGAAUUUGUAUCGCCAGCAGCACCCACGGGAAAUGUGGGACCACCCAUGUAUCCGGGGGCCUCAUCUGUUAUACAGUCACCGGUUUUCAUCAAAGAAGCCGAUCAGCGUUCUUUGCAUCAGGGUGCCAUAAUGUUUGGUGGUCCUGCUGCCAAUCAGCAACAACAACAGACGCAACAUGACCUGCAACACACCAUGCAAAAUCACUAUCAGCCUCAUAUGACGGCCACGACGACGACGAAUGCAGGCGAUAUGAUGCUUGAACACUCACAUGCAAUAGACAGCAUCGCACCAUCACCUAUGCUAACAUCCAUGGCCGACGAAGACAACAAACUCUCAAUUAUACCCCCCGAAAAUAACGACGUAGAAACCGAAGCGGCCUUCAGCGAAGAUGAUGAAGAUAUCAAAGAUAUUAAAAAUGAAGAGAACACCGAUGAUGACGAUGAUCUGCCCCUCUCGAAGGUCCGCUUAAAAGAGAAACCCGACAAACCGGAAAAAGUCGAUCUUCCCGCCUCGAUAAGUGAUACAUUCGAAACGUUCGUUACCAAACGCAAUUCAUUUACCUGGGAAGCGUUUCUUGAAGAUUUUCGCUCACUACCCGCUUCAGCUUUAGACGAUGCACAGCUCCAAUAUGUGAUCUCGAAUACGCAUUUAAUUCUACGCGAAACUCUACCACAGCAAAAUAUCUUUCCCGACAGCAAGACCGACGAAAAGAAUUUAGCGAAAAGUAUCAGCUAUCCGAUAUUUGGACUAUUUCGAUUUCUCUAUGAGAACGAGGAUAAGAGUAAGAAACCGUUCCAGUCGCUGUUGACGGAGAUUUGCACACGUAUACCAGAAACCGGUUUUCUGUUGUUGUACUUUAUGAAGGUGCACGUGAAAUUACAGACGCGUAAAAAUGCCCAACAAUCGGCUCAGUUCAAGACGAAUAUCUAUCGUAUGAUAUGCGAUGCAGUGGAUGAGAAAAUUGACGAUUGUUUGGCGCGAGAUUUGGAUCUGCUGGAAAAGGAAAACACAAACAUCUAUCUAUGGCUAUUACCGGAUAUUUAUCGUGAAUUUAAAUCCAUAGCCAUCAAUAAUAGUGAUCUGUUGCGCAUAACCUUGAGGUGUAUAGAUGCUCGCAAUCUGAGGGACCUUAUGUAUUAUGUGGCCCAGGGUAAACUGACGUUAUUCAAGGCAGAUGGCCUCAUUGAGUGCAUACGUGAUAGUCUGGGCUAUGAGACUUUCGAACAAUUGUGCCUAUGGCAAUUGGUACAGGCUCAUGAUGUGCCUCUGAAAUGUCUGCAAGAUAUUUUACCUGAAUUAGAAUCUGCCAAUCAUCCGGAAGCUUUGGGCUAUCUACUGUUACUGCUGAAAAGUGAAGAACCCACAAAUGAGCUAAUACGUUUACUAUUGAGUCGGGAAACAAAAUCAAGAGGGGAUCCCUUUGUGACAUCGGCUUUGAGAUUUUGGUGUCAACGCAGCGAAGAAAAACUAUCGGAAAUCAUUGCAUCACUGUUAACCUCAAAAUACCCCUCAUCGUCGCCGAACAAAAGAAAAAGGCCGCUUAAGGGUAGUUCAGCACUGAAUAGUACACCGUCAGCCGAUCAGGUAUUAAGUCAUUUAGAGCAUUAUCGAAGAAGUUGCCGUCAUGGUACUGGCACCGGUUUAUAUGUACAUGAUACCAUGCAAAGGGCGUUACAAACCGCCUAUACACAUAGUACAGAGAGCACAAAGAAACAAUAUAGCGAUCUAUUCUCUUUGGCUGCCGAGGAUGAGACAACAGCUGUGGGUCGUCGCGGUGGCAGUGGACGAGGUCGCAAACAGCCCACAUCGAAAAAGGAUACCAGCAGUUCAAGUGCGAAUAAUAAGAAAAAUUCAGAUCCCGUCAAAACGGUAUUCACUUCGGAUGAGGAUUCAAGUGAGGAGGACUGGUCCAAGCAAAAAAUCACCCAAGCUAAAAAGCGCAAGAAAACCAUCAAUGACUCCGACUGACAACAGUACCGGUCGUCACCAUAUUGUCUAGAGGAUAUCGAUGAUAAUGAUGAUGAACACAACAAUGAUAAGGAGUUUUUCUAAAAACAAAAAAUGCAAAAACAACAAAAACAAAU